AUGGGUGCAGCUCGUGGGGCGUCAUUGGCGGCAGUGUUCCCGCAGGCGGCGCUCAAGGCGAUGUCGGUGCGCCUGCCCGAGCGCGACGACGACAUGCUGGCGCUGCCGCACGUCACGCGCGCCAACUACGACAAGUACGGCGCCGGCCUGCUCGCCAUCACCGCGGCGUAUGCGGUCGAGAAGAUGGGCUUACUGAUGCAAUACCAAGAUGAACUCGAAGCUGAGAAGAAGAAAGAGAACGACUUCGACGAAGAUGAAGAUUCGGAAACGGACUGGAGCCACGUGGCUCGUAGUGCGCAGUCCGACUGCAGUCCUGCGUCGCGCACGCGUGCCAGCAACUUCCGUGGAAAUAACUACCGACAAAGGGGCGGAGUUCGGAAGAGGUAA